UCAUCUUCAAACACCUUCCCUCUUCUAUGCACGGACAACAAUCUGCAUACUUUGAAUAUUACUGUCAUCUAGUCUCUCGCAUUCCUUACGGUCUCGUAUAAUAAUGCUUUUUACCGUCUACCGCAGCCAGCCCCGCCAUGUAAUUACCGCCAUUCGCUCGCUCUCGACGGAGGUCGCCUCGACGUCUUCACACUCGCAUCUUCCUCCACUUCACCCACCAGGUGCGAAGACUCCUAACCGAACGCGACUAGACCCUGCACCACGGCCGUCGGUACCGCGCACACGACAAGCCCUCCCUCACCUACCGCCGACCUUCGGCCGUAACCAGAUUCUGCCUGUAGCUGAUUCUACCCGCGCUUUGCUUGAAUCUAUUGUCGCUCAGUUCAACGCACCUAUCCGAUACGCCUUUGCGUAUGGCUCAGGUGUCUUCGAGCAGGACGGCUAUACGAUUAGCAAUCCCAAAUCGAAGGAUGGCCCUAUGCUCGACUUUAUGUUCGCUGUCACGCACGCAUCGCACUGGCACGACCUCAAUAUGCACCAGUUCCCCGGACACUAUCCGUUGUACGCGCGCGCGCUUGGUUCCGAGUUCGUCUCGCGCGUUCAGGAGAUCAACCCAGGUGUCUGGUUUAACGCCUUCGUCCCCAUGAAGGGUGUGACUAUCAAAUACGGAGUCACCACUGUGGACAACCUCUGUUCCGACCUCCUCAACUGGAAGACGCUCUACCUCGCCGGGCGCAUGCACAAGCCGAUCCGUAUUAUUAAGGACGACGCCCGGGUUCGCCUUACGCAGCAAGUCAACCUUACAUCGGCCAUCCGCGCUGCGCUGCUGACGCUUCCCGAAGACUUCACGGAGACAGAGCUCUUCGAACGCAUCGCAGGAUUCAGCUACGCUGGAGACGUGCGCAUGGCGUUGCCUGGCGAGAAUCGUGGCAAGGUCGGUAACAUCGUCCGCAAACAAGGCCCGCAGUUCAAGGAGCUCUACCACCGACUUGUUGUCGCGCUACCGGGCGUGCACUGGUCUCCGCACUCGCAUGCCAUCCAGCAGGAUAUUACGCCACAUGCACGUGCCGCGCACUUGCGUAAGCUUCCGUCAAAUUUGCUCACACGCGUCACUGGUGCGUACGCUGCGUCCGAUCUUCCCCCGCGAGAGGCGGACGAAGCCGUGUAUUGGACGCGUAUGGCGGGGCACACAGAUCUCGCGGCCACGAUCCACCACGAAAUAUGCAACACUGUGCGGUACCCGUCGACAGUCCAGAGCCUGAAGGGCAUAGUGAGCACAGGCCUUGGAAAGAGCGUCCGGUAUGCGGCAGACAAGGUCCGAAAGUGGCGAGCUGGUGGACAGACCAAGGACACCACGUCAUGACUGAUCUGACCAUCUCGGGUGUACACUUUACGUAUUACGGGCGGACAGACAGCGCAUGCAAUAGUAUUAUAGAGUCAUGAGCCAGUUCGGUGCGCAGAUCUUAGCUCACCAGCCAAGAAUGACUAGCGUCUCAGUUAGUCUUUCGCACCCAGAGAGAUGUGCUUCCUCUUCAGGGAGUGGAUGGACGUGUUCUGCCGCCUCACCUUGUCCGUCGCGUGGGGAACCGGGCUGAACGAAUGGCGAGUGAGGCCUAGAAGGACCAGGACUUCGAGAUACGCGCACAAAUGGGGGCCGAUACCCGCAGGGCUAAGUGAUAGUGGGGCUACGGCUUGAUACACUUACAUGGGGGACAAAUAUAACGGUGUCUGGCUCGACGGCAUCACCGACUGGAGACGCUGGCACUCUGAUGGGCGGAGGAUCAGGCUGCCAGGAAAAGUACGCGCUGCCCUCGUCUGGCCACUUUGCGCGAACCGAAGCCGACGUGGAGCCUCCUGAUCCCCCUGGCCACGGACCAUCCCCGCCCUCAACCGUCUCUAGCCAAUCCUUACAUGCUUCGUCGAAGGUAUAGGAUUCCUGCUCGGGAAGCAAGAAAAACGUCCCUACGCCCGGCGUGGUGGACGCGAUGCUUUCGAGACCCCACACCAUCUCGCCGUGCACAAUAGCUCCCGUCCCACACCAUCCGGAAUUGCGGUACGCGUUCGGCUGCACAUAGAUGUACUCCAGACUGGACAGCCGCGAAGCCAAGGUGGCAGCAUCUCGAGCUUCCUGUGAGUCU